CUUCCUAUGGGCUGUGCCAGCUCUUCCCAAAUCUUCCAGUCCGUCAGUGAUGCGCUCGUCUGGAUCGCGCAGAACAAAUUCGGGGCGGGUCCCAUUGUUUCUGUUUUGGACGACUUCCUCUUCAUCGGCGAGUCGCGCGCAGCGUGUCAGCGCUCGCUCGGCGGCUUUCAGGCCAUGUGCCGUGACUUGGCGAUCCCGCUGCGUCGCGACAAGACCGUGGCGCCGUGCCGGUCCCUCACCUUCCUCGGGGUGGUAUUGGACCUUGAGCGCGGCGAGCUGCGGCUGCCAGCUGACAAGCUGGCACGUGCCAGGGCAGGCCUCACGAGCCUGCUGGCCCGCCGGAAAGCGCCCCUCCGCAUGGUCCGUGAAUGCACGGGGCUCCUCAGCUUUGCGUGCACCGCAGUGCCACUCGGUCGCCCGUUCCUACGGCGCAUGUUCGACUUGUGUCGCGGCGUGUCGCGCCCUCACCACCGCGUCACGAUCACCCGGGCGGCCAGACAGGAUAUGCGCGCCUGGCUGCUGUUUCUAGACCGUUUCCCAGGCCGCGCGAUUCUCGCUCACCGGCGCUGGUUGUUGGAGCCGGGUCUUAUCCUGGAGACGGACGCCUCCAGCUCGGUCGGGCUCGGUGCCAUCUGCGGCGAGGACUGGCUCCUGGGGCCGUGGCCCGCGUCCCUCCGCGAGGCCCCUAUCAGCGUUUUGGAACUAGUGGCUGGCGUCCUUGUGCGCUCAGAUAACUCCGCUGUGGUGGCCUGUAUAACCUCUCAGUCAUCUCGCUCGCCUGCCCUAAUGCCAUGGCUCCGAUUCCUUUUUCUCACCACCGUCUCUCAUAACAUUCUCGUGCGUGCCGUGCACACACCCGGCAUCGCCAAUGCAGCAGCUGACGCCCUGUCCCGCGGUCUUGUGCAGGUCUUCAAGGAGCUCCGCCCGUCCGCAGCAGCCACGCCGACGUCCUGGGACUGGCCGGCCUGCGGCACGCUCUCACCGUUCACCAGCUAGCUGGUGCCGCGCUAGCUCCUGCCACCAUUCGCUCUUAUCGAGCAGUGUGGGGCCAAAUCCGCGUUUUCCUCACUCUGCCGCCCACUGCUGCCCUGUUUCCCAUCUCAGUGGCCGACACUGCUGAUUUCCUGGCCUCUCGACACGAGCAGGGCUGUUCCGCUUCCACCCUCGCCGCCGAGGCGUCUGCCAUCUCCUACGGCCACAAGCUAGCCGGCGCGCCGGAUCCCACGGCGGACUUCCGGGUGCGACAGCUGUUAGCGGGAUCCCGCCGGCUACGGCCGAGUGCGGACAACCGCCUCGCCGUCUCCCUGACCGAGCUCGGCGAGCUCUGCGCCGCACUCCAUUUCCUAGGCCUCUCCCCGGUAGACCGUGCUGCAUUCCGUGCCAUCUUUACAUUGGCUUUCUUUGCUAUGCUUCGCCCGGGCGAGGUCGUGCGCGGCCGAGACCUGACCCACACAGUCCGACUCAGCCACGUGAGUCUCGUCGGCCCCCAGCUUUCUCUCACCAUUCCAUCCUCAAAAACGUCGGCCUCCCCGUUCACCACCACGCUUCGAGCCCGGCCUGAUCUUGCCACGUGUCCGGUCGCCGCUGUCCGCGACUACCUCGCGGUCCGCGGCACGGGCCUUCCUGAUGACGCACUGUUUAUCGGCGGCCAUCGCCGCCCUCUGACAUCGCGCGAUCUCACUCGCGUACUUCGCAUGGCGGGCCGUCGAGCUGGUCUCAACCCAGCCCGCCUCUCCGGGCACUGCCUUCGCAUCAGCGGCGCCUCCCACGGCGCCGCAGUCGGACUAACGGAGCCUCAACUCUGCCACGCCGGCCGCUGGUCGUCCCAGGCCGUGCGGCGAUACGUACGGCGGCCGGUCUCCCUCCUUCAGGCAUCCUAAGCGGCGGGUCCCGUCCAAAGAGGGUUAACGUUGCCGGCCUUCCACCGCUACCGCUCCCAAACCCGAGCCACAGCUGCCCGUUCUAGGUCUGGGUGCACGGGCCGCGCCCUAGCAGGCGUAGCGGCAGUCCCGACGCUGCCUGUUCAGGCCCGGGCUCCCAAACCGCCGCCCUCGCAGGCGGAGCGGCGGCGUCCUUGGCCACCUGCCUGUUUUCGGUCCGGGAUCCCGGACCGCCGCCUUCACGGGCGAGCGGCAGUCUUGUCAGCUGCCUGUUUUAGGUCCGGGCCCCCGGACCCCCGCCUCACGGGCGGAGCGGUAGUCUGUCAGCUGCCUGUUUCAGGUCCGGGCUCUGGGACCGCCGCCCUCGCCGGCGGAGCGGCAGUCCCAACUCCCGACGGCUGCGCGCCACAGUGAUGUAUCUGUAUAUAUGUAACGUCGGGCUCGCGUGUUCAUUGUUGGUUUAGCUCGCCCGCACAGCCAUAACCCAGAUGCAACUGCAGUUUCUACGCCACAGCCGCACCGCCGACGGUGCCAUGUUUGUGCGUCGCGUGAGGUGAAUUACGCCGUGCGCGGCAUGUCAUGUCCUCUGCCGUCGCGUUAUCGCCACGUCUGUUAAUCCAGAGGCAUCCAUCGUUUUCCAUUAGCUUUCUGCCGCCCUGGCAAUUUUGUUCAUAGCGAAUGCCUCUCCGUUCCGCGCGGGUGCAGAUGGGGUGUUGGGCGUAAUCUGCACCCAAAGUGCAUGACGGGUGUACAAACGUACGAAUACACAGACCCAUAUUCAUCAGUCAUGCAUUUGCAAGCGCAGCGGAACGGAGAAAUGCAUUUGACGAGCGACACCUACGGGGUCGUGCGGCAAAAACUUUCUCUGUCCGCGGGCGCCACUGCAGCGACACCUGCCGUGUGGCUCCAACACUAUUGGCUCAGUCUGUGCGCCCACGCCGUGCCGCGAACACUGAUCCUACACAUUGUUCAGCGUUCUUGUCUUUCCGAUUGUCCACCGCCACCCCGCCGCCGCCUGUGGUACUGUGUUUCCAUGCAUUGCUGGCUGUGUAAGCGUAAUCUGCACCCAAAGUGCAUGACGGGUGUACAAACGUACGAAUACACAGACCCAUAUUCAUC